AUGAUUUGGACUUGUUUUCAAUUUUUUAGCAGUUUGUUGGCUGACAAAAGACGCAAGGAGACAGAGUCAGACUACAAUGAAAAACAAUCGGUUGCCUAUAUAAAGUUGGAGCAUAGCCCGAUCCUCCAACAUGCGACAAAGAUCUUUACUCCUAACAUCUUCAAUCGGAUACAAAAGCAGUAUUUGAAAACUGAAUUCUAUCUAAUGGAGAAGCUCUCACAUACUAGGGAGGAUGGCGUGAUUGUCUACAUCACAUAUAUGAUGGAGGAUGAUGAGUGCAGUGAUGAGCGUGUCGUUCUCGUCGAUAUUUCUACGUGGAAAUUGGUAUGCGAAUGCAAAAUGUUCGAAACUUUCGGAGUGUUAUGCCGCCACAUGAUUAAGGUGAUGCGAAUUCUUGGAGAUUUUGGGGACGCAUGUAUGAGAAGCAUUCCAGAUUAUUACAUACUCAAGCGAUGGACGUUGGAGGCGAGAAAGAAAGAGGUUGCUGAUGUCGAUGGUUCUGUUAGUCCUUCAGCUGCCACUGAGAUUGAUACGGAAAAAGGUAUAGCAAUGCAGUACCGAGAAACCAAAACAAUGUUGAAUCAACUAGCUACGAACCUGUCGAUGGCCGGUGAGAAAGACUACAAUAACUGGAUGGGAGCACUCAAGAAACUGUGCAAUGGGGCAAACAAGGCAUUGUCAAAUACUAUAACUAGCAAGUACAGACGGUCUGUACCGAUAACUGAGCUUACUCUAAAAGAGAAGAGUAAUCCAAGGAGCCACGACAAGGAAUGUUAUCAGUCUACGAAUGAAAAAGAACGCCGUCGAAAGUAG